AUGAAGGAACACCAGCCAAUUAAAAGUUUCAACAUAAAAGCAAGACUGCUGUGGACCUGGCUUGCUACGAGCAAGACUGCUGUGGCAAACUUCAACGCUCUUUCAAUCCGCAUUCUCUCAAGUGUCUCUGGUGAUGAUAGUAACAACUCCAAGGAGGAAAAUGCCACAGCAAUCUUGCUCGUAGCAAGCCAGAAAACAUUACCGGUAAUGGUGGCGGUGGUGGAGCAACUAAGAGGUGCAUUUGGUGAAUCAGGGCUUUUGAUCAUGAUUGAUUCAAUUCUCGUCAAUUUAUGGCUCCGGACGGGUAAAUCGUCUUCUUCGACCAAUGUAAAGACAUCCUGA